GUAGGUUCUUUUCUUCCGUGACCAUGCCUGAACCAGCCAAGUCCGCACCCGCCCCGAAGAAGGGCUCCAAGAAAGCCGUGACCAAGGCGCAGAAGAAGGACGGCAAGAAACGCAAGCGCAGCCGCAAGGAGAGCUACUCGGUGUACGUGUACAAGGUGCUCAAGCAGGUGCACCCGGACACGGGCAUCUCAUCCAAGGCCAUGGGCAUCAUGAACUCCUUCGUGAACGACAUCUUCGAGCGCAUCGCGGGCGAGGCGUCGCGCCUGGCGCAUUACAACAAGCGCUCGACCAUCACGUCCCGGGAGAUCCAGACGGCCGUGCGCCUGCUGCUGCCUGGGGAGCUGGCCAAGCACGCGGUGUCUGAGGGCACCAAGGCCGUCACCAAGUACACCAGCUCCAAGUAGACUCUGCGGGGAAGCCGCUUGUCUCCCAACCACAAAGGCUCUUUUCAG